AUGUGGCCGACUCAAGCAAUCCGCUGGCCGUUAGGGCUUCUUUUAGCGGCGACAGCACCUGUGCUCGGCUCUCCUAUUGCACCUCGGUCCGCAGGCCCAUGGCUGGCCAUUGAUUCCGACUUCCCGGACCCGGGGUUUGUUCAGGGCGACGAUGGGAGCUGGUACGCCUUUGGCACCAACGGCAACGGCAGGACCGUUCAGGUGGCCACAUCGCCGGAUUUUGAGACCUGGACACUUCUGGACAAGGAGGCGUUGCCUACACUCGCUGGCUGGGAGACAGCGGUGGACCAUUGGGCUCCAGAUGUGAUACAGCGGAACGACGGCAAAUUCGUCCUCUACUACUCCGGCGAAGCCAAAGACGACCUCCGCCACCACUGCGUGGGCGUCGCCGUCUCGGAGACCACCGACCCAACGGGACCGUACAUCCCCAACGCAACGCCGCUCUCGUGCCGGUUAGACCAGGGCGGCUCGAUCGACCCAUCGGGGUUCCUGGACCGCGACGGCAGCCGCUACGUGGUCUUCAAGGUGGACGGCAACAGCAUCGGCAACGGCGGCGACUGCAACAACGGGAUCGCGCCGCUCAAGCCCACCCCGAUCCUGCUGCAGAAGGUCGCGGACGACGGCUUCACGCCCGUCGGCGAGGCGGUGCAGAUUCUCGACCGCGACGACAGCGACGGGCCCCUCGUCGAGGCGCCCAACCUGAUCCUGCACGGCGACACCUACUUCCUCUUCUACUCGACACACUGCUACACCGACCCCAAGUACGACGUGCGCUGGGCCACGGCCAAGUCCAUCACCGGCCCCUACACCAAGUCCGGGCAGCAGUUGUUUGCCUCCGGCAUGUGGAAUCUCACCUCGCCCGGCGGCGGCACGGUGUGUGGUUGCGGCGAUCGCAUGCUGUUCCAUGCGUUCUGUGAGCCGGAGAAGCGGUGUACGUAUGCGGCGAGAUUGGAUAUUCAAGGCGAGAACGUUGCUGUUUUGUAGGG